GGAGAGGAUUGCAGAUCAAAGAGGCAUAGCGUCCGUGAAAAGCACAUCAGCAAAGUGGAGCAUCAUCUGAAAUGCACAUGGAUGAUUGGACCAGAAGACCCAAUGGGACAUCAAAAGAGGAGUUCAAGUCAAGUCAAGCGUCAUCAUCAUCUUUCGUCAUCGUUUUUUUCUUCUCCUUCCCCUUCCUGCAACUUUCUUCCCUCACUACCGUACAUCAUAAUAUCAUUCGCAUCGGAUCUGUGCCGGAUCGAACAAGAACAAGAAGAAGCAUAAGCUGCCAUCUGAAUAAUUAACUCGUUUUCAUAACUUUGAAUUGAGAAACCGCCCGGGACAGCACAGAGCCUCAUCUCAUCAGCCAUUCAUCAAGUCAUUCAUCAGAGGGAGAGAUAGAGCAAUAUAACGAUUACAUCAAUCCAUUGUUGUAUUCUGUCUGUCUUCUGCCUGUUGUCUGUCUUUUUUGAUCAAGGAAGAGAGAGGGUUUCGCUGGUUUUUGAUUCUGAUUCUGAUUCUGAUUCUGAUUCUGAUUCUGAUUCUGAUUCUGAUUUUGAUUUCGCACCGAGUAUUGAAUUUUCACUUGAAUGCUUUGUCAAGAGGAAGAAGAAGAAGAAGAAGAAGGAGAAGAAGAAUAAGAGAAAGGAAAGAAAGUCGAAAAAAAAGGGAGAGACGGGCAAGAAUUGAAGAGGGAACCACUUCCUUUUUGAACAACAAUAAACCCACACACCCACUACUUAUCCAUCCACCCACUCACACACUCACCCAACCCAUUCAUUCAUCCAUUCAUCCACUCAUCCACUCACCCACCCAUCCACCCAUCCACCGGUCGCAAAAGUUAAAUUUCAUCACUUUUUUUUUCUCUCGCAAACCAAAUCCAUUCAUUUCUUUUCCCCCCCAAAACGUUACGUCACCGCUACAUCCAUCCAUCCAUCCAUCCAUCCAUUCAUUCAUUCACGCAACCAGCGCAACCAUCGACCCGACGAACGUUUGGGACAUUGGAAGAAAAUCAAAAUCCACAUCAAAAUCAAUAUCAAUAUCUAAACAGCAAUAAAGAUUGAAACUUUCUUUGCGUCCCCGCCCGCCCGUGUGUCUAUCCAGAUUCGAGGUCUCGAUUUUUCAAUCUGAAUACGAUACAGGUAUCUUGGGAGGAAUUGAAAGGAUACACACACUGACAUCAUCUCCAUCCAUCCAUUCACCCUCGUGCUGUGAAUCGUUCCUCUAUCCACAAACCCACAGAAAUCCAUUCGGUCGAGAGAGCCUCACGUCGUCAAGUCAAGUCAAGUCGAGUCGAGUCGAGUCGCGAAAGGGAAAGGGAAAAACGAAUACCCACAGACACACAGCAAAACAAAUAGGAAUCGCGCAAUACCACACGGCGAAACAACAUACAUACCAUUAUACAAUACGAUACACACAACACAACACAAACACGCCCGCACACGCACACGCACACGCACAUACAUACUCACACACACACACACACACACACACACGCACACCCUGAUACACGUCGACACCAAAACCCAUUCGUAUCGUUGAGGAUUCUUUUCGAAUAUCGAGAAAGCAAUCAAUAAAGAACAACCAAAACAAAAACACCCACCACGACAACAACCACAACCAGAACGCGACUAAUAAGAAUACCAAGACUUGGAAUCUGUGGAAUCGGAGAUCAUCUUCUCUCCUAGCCUUAGCAACAAGGAGAAUAACGUCUAAAUCUACCCGCCACCAAGAUACACAACAUCCCGAUCCAACAUCACACACCACACAACCCACACGCGCACACUACUGCGAACGCCAAUUGCACCAUCGCACUCUAUAGGUCGACACCCCCCAUUCACUACUCACACGCUCAAGUCCUUUAAAUAGUCCACCCACCCUCGUCAUCAUAUCGUCAUCAUCGUGUAAACUGCCCUGCACCACUGCACUCACUGCAAGACGAUACCGAUUGUCGACCUUUGCUAUCCAGCCUCUGGUGAUAAUUCUCCAUCUCAACGGCGUCAAGCUUAAUUCACCUCCAUUACGUCGUCGUCCAUUGUCUUUUUACUUUUUUCCUUUCCUUACUAGUCAUCGCCCGUGCCGUAUUUCAUCAUCAUGCCGACCUUUUCCAAGAUCGGCAGUAGUCCUGUAGAGGAAAAAUUUCUGCCCGCAGCCGCCGAUUCCACCGUGCCAGAUAUCACGGUCAAGCCAGUUCAUUUGGAUGUCGGUCGACAACUUCCAAACAUACCUGUCCCUCCACAAAACAACAUCUCCGAUUACCUUUCCAAGCGAGCGUUGGCCAACAACUCACACGAAGAGGAAGAAAAUCCUUUCGACUCACAAUUUGGAGGUGGUCCGGUGAAGUCAAAUCUUCCCGCCAAAACCCCGGGUGGUACCUUGUUGCCUUCGAUCCAAGCUCUACAAUCAGCGUCGUCACCUGGGUUUGGCUUGAGUGGGUUAAGGUCGGGUCCAUUAAGUCCUAACAUGCUCACCGGUCCCAAAGAACCUGCUGAAGAUUACUUCUCAGCAGAUCAUAACUUGAUUAGUGAUGGCCCAAGAGGCUACACUCCCGUCACAUCGGACAUGAGGGGUAUGCAUUCAAGGGUGUUACCCACUCCAAGUCCUGGUGGGUAUAGUUUUGGAGGCUCUGUUCAAACACCUGGAUUGGCUGAGUUUCAACGAACGGCUAUUCAAGCUGCCAGUCUCGCGGCUCAACAGCAGAGAGAUAUGAAUGUGACUUCGCAACCUCAACAGCACAACGAAGACAAUCACAACGUCUUGAGCAACUACCCUGACAAUGAUUCUUUGAAUGCAGCCGCGAGUCUUCAAUUGCUAACUCAAACUUCUGCCUCAUCUCGCGACUCUUCGCCACAUCACAAUCUCGCAUUGGGUCAAUCGAGGCAACCGCCAUUCUCUGCACAACAACAUAUCUUGAAUCGCAAUCAUCAAAUGUUAAACCAAAACAUGCAACCGGUUCAAGCUAACGGUCAAGUACCUGGCCGACCAAACAAUCAUCCUUUGACCAAUGGUCAUUCUGGAACGAGGAACAAUUCUAUUCACUCGAAUUCAAUGAGUCCUACAAGUAAUGGUAAUGGCAUUUCUUAUGAUAAUGAGAUGAAUGGUCAAGGUGCUCAAGGAAAGAAGAGAGGAGCCACCAAGAGGAAAGCAAGUACCAACAAAACCCCACCAAAGAACAACAAGAGAACCAAAGCUCAAAAGGGUGGUGAUGAUUCGAAACCAGAAGAAUUCACCAAUGAAGACUUGGAUAACAUGGAUGAUCAACUUGAAUUUGAAGAGGAAGAGAAUAACAAUAACAACAAUGGUAAACCCAAGAAGCCAGAAACUGAAGAUGAAAAGCGAAAGAGUUUCCUGGAACGUAACAGGGUUGCUGCUCUUAAAUGUAGACAGCGUAAGAAGCAAUGGUUGAACAACUUGCAAAGUAAAGUUGAUUCGUACACCAACGAAAAUGAGACUCUUCAUCAAAAAGUUCAACAGAUGGCUCAUGAAAUUAUGCAACUCAAAACCAUGCUUUUCGCCCACAAAGAUACUCCUAUUGGCAUUCAACAAGGAAUUGCACAAUAUGUUGUUCCUCCUCUCUACGAUGAUAUGCCACCAAUGCAUCAGUCUCAAAAUCCAUAUGGUUUAGGUACAAUGCCACCAUCUCAAAAUCCUAACAUGUGAAGACCAAAAACACUUCCAUUCGCAAUCAUGGAUUACGAAAAGGCAUGUUCCACUCGUUUGGAUUUUUCGAAGCCAUGACUACGUUAUUCUACUACCUUCAGGUUGUAAAUUAAAAUACUUCUUCUUUCGAUUGUACUUCAUAGGUCAUUUGGAUCGUAAUCCCAUUUCGCUUUUCCUUUGGGUGAAAGUAAAGCACACUGGUAUGGUCUUCAUUACCCUUUUCUUCCUUUAUACAUAUUAUACUCUUACCUCUAAUAUUCCAUGGACUGGUUGCCAAAUUCUGGGCCGAAUUCUUUUCAAAAAAAAAUCAUGAUUACAAUGGAAAUAAACUCAUGCAUGGUGGGGGCGUAUAUCAUGCAAAUGGCGCUAGGAGGGGGUGGAGGGUUUUGAUAUGGUCACCAUAUUUGAUGGUUUGACAAAAGUACACGCAUACAUGACGAAGAAUAGGAGGAUUCUGAGUUCAUGGUUGGGAGGCGCAUAGGAAAUUUGGGAAAUGGGGUGUUUUUGGAAUGUUUUUGUGUUUGCUCCUCUUUCUCUUUUUUUGAUUGAAAGCAAGGAGUCUAUUUUUGUUUCAUUUUCUUUUCUUGGUCUCCUGGAAAUGAAAUGAAAUGAAUGGGAUGAAAUGGGAUAGGUUGAGAUUGGCGUUGAAGGAAAAUGAAAUUUGGUCAAAUGGUGUUGAAGGGAGUGAAGGAGGUGAUUUGAUAGUAGUUGAUCUUUUUUCAUUUCUUCUUCUUGGGCCUACAGAUACAGAGGGAGAGGGGGGGGGGAGAGACAGACAGAGAGAGAGAGAGUACAAAAUUGAAAUGUUAAUAAAAUGAUGUGAUUUUAUGUAUUUGUUUAGAUUUGGUGAAUAGUGAUUCUGAAGAGUAGAUAAAUAAUGAAUAAUAAUGAAUUUAGGGUUUCA